AUGGCUCCUAUCAAGACCUCAUCUUCUAUUCCCGCCACCACGUUUCAUCUCUUCCCUUGGCUACCAAUCGAGUUGCGUCUUGAGAUUUGGCGCCUAUGUUUACCGCACCGUGUUUGUGAGAAAGACGUGGCCUGCUCUUUCAUCUUAUUUAAUCUCCUAGAUAACUCUGUACCAGCACCGUGCUUCCUCUAUCAAACAACUAAAGUGAAUGGUCGGCCACCUGUCAUCACUCGCGUAUGUCACGAGUCACGUGCAGUUGCCUUGAAGGCUGGAGGAUACUACGAGUUUUAUGACACCGAAGAUUGUGACACUGACGAUUGGGACGCCGAUGAUGGCCUACCCAUAUCUGAGACUUCAGAUAAGAAGCCUUAUUGGGACGCUGUGAAUUGUAUCAAGGAGGCAUGGUUCGACCCAACGCGAGACGUAACGCACCUUCAUUGGGAGCCCAAGUACCAAGAGUUCUUUUGUAUUGGCUCUCCGCUCAAAAGCCUUGCAUGGGAUGCAUCUCGAGCAGCUAGGGGUGGAUCUUUCACAAUUGAUUUUUUUCAGAAUAUAACUUAUCGCAAGGCGGAGCUGAUCGACUUCGUCAAGCAGAUGCCCAGCUGGAAGGUUGUUAUGCGUGUGAUCGUAAUUCAUGCUGACUCUGCUACUGCUGCGAGCACAGGCUUGUUUGGGCUUCUGGGCGAUGCACCUGUGCAGCUUGUUGACGUGUACGAUGAAGCAAAAGUUGACGCUUUGUGGAAGAUGGCCAAGGAAUGCGAUUCCAGAGAGCUAGUCACUGUCUGCCAGGGUUUUCAUCGAAUAUCUGCAAUGGCGUAUCAUCAGGUACUAAGAGAUAUCAUCUCUUACACAUUACGCUUCGAGGAUGACUUCAACGCCGAUGCCGAGGAUGUGAUCUCCCGAAUGCGUCCGGUCAUUAUGUUCCGAUUAUGUACUGAGAUGUGCAAUCGCAUCGGUUCUGCUGCCAAACCCCGAGCUUGGCCCGUUUGA